AUGGUUUCUAUGGAAGUGGCAUUGCAAAACGUGAGCAUGGUACUCACACGAGAUGUAGACAUUCUCAUCUCCAUUGCGGUCACCCGAUCGCGUAUGCCUUUCCUAGACUUUUCUCAUCCAGCGUUGUACAUUCCAAUUUCGUAUUUGAUUCCUGUUCCGAGUUCCGUCAUUAAAAUCGAAGCUGUCGUGAAACCAUUUCAACCCGAGGUAUGGCUCGUUUUGGCAUUGGCAAUGCCAUGUGUCAUCGUGGCAUUAUCGUUGCUACGACGAAAUACAAAUAUUUCCCUUGAUUUCGGAAAUCCUUCGAGCGUGAAACGGAAGCCCCGCUGGGGACAUAGCAGUUUUUACGUAUUGGGGACUCUGCUAAAUCAAGGUGGUUACUUGUACGGCAAAUUCUCGUCAUUGUACUGGGUUGGCGGAACAUGGUGUAUCGUGGCGUUUGUCAUUGUUAACGCGUACAAUUCAACUUUGAUUUCGCACGUCACCUUACCUAACGCACCGCCGCUGAUCAAGUCCAUUUACGAUCUGCGAAAUCGGCCUGACGUUCAUUUUGUGACCGAUAAAAAUGCAAACGUCGAUGCAGUUUUACUGUCUGCCGAUUCCGGAUUUCUUAAGUUUCUCGGAGACCGGAUACGGGACUAUCCUCAAUCUCUUUGUAAUUCCACAAGAGAGUGCAUCGAAUUGGUGAAAUCGGGCUCUCACGUUUACAGCGCCGAUUAUGCAAAUGCACGAAGCGGGACUGGCAGGUUUUUGGAUCAAAAAAUUUCAACCGGAUGCCCGAAAAUGCUUGCUCAAACAGAGUGUGUCCAAGAGGACUAA